UAUAUAGCGCACUUAUGUAGGGGAUGUGACGCUAUUUGUGAUUCGUUCUGGGGUCCGAAAGAAAGAAAGCAAGCUACGUUAGACGAGUUCACGUUUUUAAAUGAAACAAAAACAGUUUUAAACUGUAUUAGUUAACUAUGAACAUUAUAGUUUUACGAAAACGGUAACGAAGACUAAUUAUGGACGUGGAAAAUUAGGAACGUCGUUUAAAAAUAAUAUAUAUAUUUUGCUUCAGGCAAUUGGAUGAACAACUAACAGUAAGACGUAAUUAACAUCAUCUGUGAAGAAAACACAGGCGCCAUUUUGGCUCAAAGAAACUCAGGGUUGCACUUCUUUGCCAAGGCAUAUUUGUCUUAUUUAGAUAUAUGUAAUCUGACAAAAGAGUUUGUAAUGCGUGUUAUUAACUAUGAAUUUUUUUUAAUGCUCUUUAAUUUAAACGAUUAUAUGCCAGACAGACAGAAUGUAGUCAUCUAGUGAUGUUUCAGGGUGUUAUUAGCUAAUUGUUGCUAACCGUUGUAUUUUCCUAACUGUUUUCUGGAAAGUUGUAUAUGAUUGGCUAGAAUUGCAUUCACGCAAGCAGUCCGCCAAUCACAUAGCAUUUCAGAGUACUAUCAUCCAAUCCUAGAGCACGAGGGCGGGAUUUGUAUGAAUACGGGUAGGGUGGGGAUAUCGCUAAGCUAAUUUGACAAAAAAAAAAAAAAAAAAACACCACAAUGGGUGGAUGUUCUGCUCCGAAUUGCUCCAAUUCUACAACCAUUGGAAAACAACUUUUCCGUUUUCCAAAAGAUCCGAUUCGGAUGAGAAAGUGGCUGAUAAACUGUCGACGGGAGUUCGUCCCAACCCCCUGCUCCAGACUCUGCCAGGACCAUUUUGAGGAGAGCCAGUUCGAGGAGAUCGCCAGGUCACCGACAGGAGGAAGGAAACUGAAACCCAACGCGGUUCCCACACUGUUUAACGUCCCAAACCCGCCCUCACCCAUCGCCCAACACCCACACUCCGUCCUCCCUCUGAAACUUGACCCAGCAGAGAAAGAUUUGAAGGUCGGGGAUCACGGUUACGCUCGCCGGCAGCCCCGAGCCGAGUUCGAGGAAGACGAGCUGCAGAGAGCGGAGGAAGAUCGGCCGUGUUCUCUGUGUCAGCACUAUAAAUCCCAGCUGGAGCAGCAGCAGCAGCACACGGCCAGGCUGCAGAGAGAGGUGGAAGAGAUGAAGAAGCGCUUGCACAGGCUCAGCAGGAUGGAGAAAGGACUGCAGAUGUUCCUGUACGAGGACCAGAUCCGAGCUCUGACCCUGACCAAGCGCUCGCGCCGCGCCGUCUGGUCCCACGACACCGUCCUGACCGCCCGGAAGAUCCGCUGCGCGGUCGGAGUGAAAGGAUACGAGUUCCUGCGAGACCUCGGCUACCCGCUGCCCUCGUACCGGACCCUGUGUAACCGACUCGAACCCAAAAUGAUGAUGAGCGCGAGCAUGCAGGAGGAUCUGGCAGAACUGGGGAUCAUCACUGCCUGCGACAGUCCCGACGAAAACGGGACGAGCGAUGAAGGACUGAUCAGAAUGAUGACAUAAGACUGGCUUGUGUGUGUGUGUGUGUGUGUGUGUGUGUGUGUGUGUGUGUGUGUGUGGUUUAUAUUUGAUCGAACAAACUACCACGACUUAACAUAUCAGCGCAUGGGCUUUAGCAGAACAUUGAAUUUGUAGAUCUUUUUUUUUUUGGUCGUUCUGUUUUGUAUUUAUUUAUUACACCCCAGCGCUGUUCAAUUCUGGAUUCUGAUUGGUCAGGAGGUGUUGAUUAAUUUCCUACAACAGCAGCUCUGACAGCUCCAACGUUUAUAUCACAGGUUUAUUUAUACUGAGUGCGCUCGUUCUGAUACGUCCUCCUUUCUCUAGUCUCAGACUUGCACGCCACAUAAUCCGCCUUGUUGAAGUUUUCCAUGAGGAAAUUGUUUGUUUGUUUGUUUGUUUGUUUAUUUAUGUAACAUUUAUGGAAGGAGUCUCCAGUGUCCAGAGUUAAAGCCGUAACUUGAAAUAUUUCCGACAUCUUCAGGACAGAGAGGAGUUUACGCUUUG